CCGGAAGGCGAUACGGGGCCGGGCCGGGGCGGGCCAUGGAGCUGGCGGAGCUGGCCGCGCGGCUGAACUGCGCCGAGUACAAGAACUGGGUGAAGGCCGGGCACUGCCUGGUGCUGCUGCGGGACGCCCUGCAGCGCUUCGCCGGGGAGCAGCUCCGCGCCUUCCACCGCCAGCUGCUCGCCCGCCUGGCGCCCCCGGGCCGCCUCUGCCGCAGCCGCUGCCUCCCCCGCGGCCGGCAGUUUCAGCCUAUCUGUUCACUGUGCACCGAGUGGAAAAAGGAGAUUUUGAAUCAUCACACCAACAGGAAUGGAGAAGUUCACUGGGGAAACUGCAAACCUUGGCUUUGGCCUUCUAACUCAUGGGAACUUGCAAAGGCUUAUAUGCCUCGUGGGCAGAUGGAUAUUUCUGGACCGGACAAGUGUGAUGCAGCUGCUCUUCUAAACCUUUUCAACUUGUGUGAUCACUUCAGUGGAAUUGACCAGAAGAAAGUCAGAGAGGUGAUUAAGUGCCGCAAUGAGUUAAUGCAUUCUUCAGAAAUGAAAGUUUCUUCUUUAUGGUUGGAAGAGUUUGGAAAGAAGAUUCAGAAUUUAUUAAAGGAACUCCAGAAUGUUCCAGAAGUUAUGACAGCUAGUACACGGAUAGAAAAGCUUCUGUCAUCGGAUUGGACUGUUUAUAUACCAGGGGAAGAAGAUCAACCAGAUGGAUUGGAAGGAGAAACAGAAGUUUGCAUGAGUGGGAGCCAAAUAAGUGAAAUAGAGAUGGAAUUAAUAAAGGAAAGACUUAAAGAGAUCUAUCUUCUGGUAGAAGAGCAGGAGAUGCUGUCUGAAGAGAACUUAAAUAGGAUACAGAUGACAAAGGACUUUUUAAAGGACAGCGGUGAUCUCCAAAUAAGUUUUCAGGCAGAUAUGCAGAGGCUAGAAGGCCUUGAAAAAGAGGUGUACAACCAAAGAAGAUCUAUGAAAGAGACUGGGAAAGAAUAUCCCCAUCAGGAGGAAGAUGAAGGUUGUUCAUUAAAGAAAAUGAAGUGUAUUCCCAAAGAACAACUUUUGUGAAAGUGCCAGUGACUGCAUUUUGAAGAGAAGUUCCUGUAAGUGAUUGACUUGUCAACUGUCCUUCACUGAAUGAGGAUAUGCCCAACCUCUUCAGUGGCUUGGAAAACCAACUUAAAGGGUGAAUUGUCAUGAGAUGCCUUUCUAAAAUUUCAAAACUUCCUAUUGUGGUUUGAUGAUUUUGUUUCUUGGAAGAAUGUCAUGUACUCCCCCCCCCCCCCGGCAUCCUUUUUCAAUUUCAAGAACGUGGAGAAGCAUAGCUAGAGCCAGGAAAUAAACUGUAAGUUUGAAGGAAUUGAUCUUGCAAGGGUAUGGAAGGCUGAGAGAAGGCAGUACUGAGCCACUGGGGCUUUGUUCUUGUUGAUCCAUUAAGGCAAUUAAGCUGAAUGGAAUGGAUGUUGGGCAGCAAAAAUACAGUCCUUAGCAUAUGCCAUGAGGCUUUGAGCAGCUGGCUGUAAGCGAUAUGGUUUCAUUUCUUUCUGUGUCUGGGCCUCAAAACACCCUCUUUUCUCAGUUUACCAUUGGCUCCUCAAGUCACUUUUGUGUAAAGCAGCAAUACUUAAGGGUGGCAGCAAAAUCGUCUUAAAAUAAUUAAAAUGACCACUGUACAACAGAUUUAUACCGUUCCCUGACCAUGUCCCGUCUUUUCUGACAGAAUGGUUGUUGUUUCCCAUUCAUGAGCGCUCAUUGCAGCAUGGCCAUAGAGGUUUGCUUACAUGAUUCAAAACUGCAUACAUCUCUCAGUACCACAUGCAGACUGCAGCACAGUUCUUGAGAAAAUGCUCAUCACCAGUGCUUUAGCUAUCCAUGUUUCUUUCAGUGGUGCUUUGCAGGGCUAAGUCCUAUGUAGCCACUUAACCCUGAGAACAUUGGAUUCCGGAUUUCUGCUAAAUUUGCAGCUGUCAGAACCUUGUAGUAUCAAUUUUAAUGGAGCAAAGUCCUGGCUUUUUGUGCUUUUUAAAAUAUUUUUAAAGCGUUUUUUGCAAGCGCAAUAAAACGUUCAAAAAAUAAACCUUUAGUUAUGCCAACAGAUGUUGCAUUUAGUACUGGCAAAGCAUAAUUUUGUUAAUAUUUGUUGAGAUUAUCAAUCCCAAUUUUUCCCCACUUAGAGCACAUGGUCAACUAAAAUCAGACAUUUAUAAUAAAAUAUUUAAAAUCAAUGACCUUUCAGAUUCCUUAAACUGAUGUAAUUUUUAAAAAAUGGGCACUUAAACCUUUUAUGUUUUGCUUUUUUCAAUUUUAUUUCUUUUCUCUUUAAAAUAAUGAAAAUCAGCAAGGUCAUGCAGUCCAUUCAAUUUUGUGCAGUCCAUAUGACAACACUUCAGUUUCUUAGUGCUACGUUGUUGUUUUUCUUUUCAGACACUGUUUUUACUUAAAUGUUCCCUGCAACUAUUUUGUUAGAUUUUAUUUUUUAAGGGAAACAUUUCUAUUAGUCUUAAGUUUUAUAAAACCUCAUUUUUAUAAAUUGUGAAUGUUAAGGUACAUUUUGCUUUCCAAUACCCUCUAAAGGGUUGGCAGCAACAUAAAUGUAUUUAAUCUCUUCAUAUCUACCAUUUCUUUUUAAUAAAGACUUUGCAAUCAAUAAAAGGAACAAAAUUCAUAUAUUA